CCGUGCAGCCGGAGCCCAGCCCAUCCCGCAGGGAGCCUCUCGCCCGACAUGCCCGCCGAGGGGGAUCCGCUGAGCGCCCUCGCCGCCGGCCCGGGGCUCGGCGAGCCGCAGUACCUGCAGCAGGUACGGCACAUCCUGCAGCACGGCCACCGGCGGGAGGAUCGCACCGGCACCGGCACCCUCUCCGUCUUCGGCAUGCAGGCGCGGUACAGCCUGAGAGAUCAGUUUCCGCUGCUAACGACGAAGAGGGUAUUCUGGAAGGGAGUGCUGGAGGAGCUGCUGUGGUUCAUCAAGGGUUCUACAAAUGCCAAAGAGCUCUCUGCAAAAGGUGUGAAGAUUUGGGAUGCUAAUGGGUCACGUGAGUUCCUGGAUAAGCAGGGUUUCAGCACCAGAGAGGAGGGGGAUUUGGGACCAGUGUAUGGUUUCCAGUGGAGGCACUUUGGAGCAGAAUACAAAGAUAUGCACACAGAUUAUUCCAACCAAGGAGUUGAUCAGUUGCAAAAAGUGAUUGAAACAAUCAAAACCAAUCCAGAUGACAGAAGAAUCAUUAUGUGUGCUUGGAAUCCAAAAGAUAUUUCUCUGAUGGCUUUGCCUCCAUGCCACGCCCUUUGCCAGUUCUAUGUUCUCAAUGGUGAAUUGUCUUGCCAACUCUAUCAGAGGUCUGGAGAUAUGGGACUAGGAGUGCCUUUCAAUAUUGCCAGCUACUCACUCCUCACAUACAUGAUUGCCCAUGUCACAGGGCUAAAGCCUGGAGAGUUCAUACAUACCUUAGGAGAUGCUCACAUAUAUCUGAAUCAUGUGGAACCUCUUAAAGUUCAACUUCAGAGGGAGCCAAGACCUUUCCCCAAACUCAGAAUUCUUCGUAAGGUUGAAGACAUCAGUGACUUUAAGGCAGAAGACUUUCAGAUUGAAGAUUAUAAUCCUCAUCCACCUAUUAAAAUGGAAAUGGCUGUUUAAUGCUAUAAACCAGCAUUAAAUAUUUAUGUGGAAAUGUACCUAAGCUACUUAGUUUCUCUAAAGUGAUGGGGCUUUUGUAUACUUCUAAAGAUAUCUACUUUAUUAUUAAAAAGAGAUAGAUACUAGGAGACCAGAACUGCCUUCAGUACUAACCUGUAGUUGUACAGAACAGAUGAUUAUGCCUGAUGUACUGUGCAGACAUUAACCCAGCCCUAAGUUGUUAGUGAGCUAGUUUUCCACAUGUUUCAGUUACCAGUGGCCACUUCCAUUACCAUUCAGUUACUAUGAGCAUUUGCUUAUGUGCUUGAUAUAAAAGAGGAUUCCUUCAGGGUUGGAGAGUUUGUUAACUAUGUUGUAAAGAGUAUAUGUUUA